AUGAAUUAUUAUGAGAAUGUUUCAUGUGAGAUCGAAGAAUUCAAAGAGUUCAUAAAUAGUUAUAGUGGCAGUAAUAAUGAUAAUAUCAAAUUAUUGUCAUUUGAUCACAUAUUGAAGCCAAACAAGAACAUCAAUGGCAUUAAUAAUAAUAAUUUACCAAUAAUAAUUUUAUAUUCUGAUUUAAAUUCUUUGGAUUUCAUUUAUAUUCAUAAAUAUUUGAUAGAUUUAGUUAAUGAUAAUAAGAUUAUUUACAUAUUAAGAUAUAAGCCUUUAAUAAAUAAUAAUAAUAAUAAUAACAAAGAAUUAUAUUUAUCAGGAUAUGGGGUAGAAUUAGCAUUAAAGCAAACUGAUUACAUUGUACUCGAUGAUAGAAACAUAAAUUCAGAAGAUGAUAAUAGCAAUAUUGAAGAUAAUAAGAUCGAAGAUAAAUUGAAUGAUAAUUUAUUUAGUGAAGAAAUUUCUGAAAUUGUGCCAUUGAAAUCAAGUGAAAUCAAAGAUUUUCCAAAAUAUUCAUAUUCCAUUUCGCAAUUAACAUUAAAUACAUCAAUUGUAAAAGAAGUAUCAUUAAAUCAACAUUAUAUUACUAAUGAAAAUAACAUUUUAUGGUUAAAUGGAUUGAUUUUAGAUCAUAAUAAUAUUAAUCCAUUCAGUCCUGGUGUAUCAAUUGAACUGUUGACUUUGCAAAGUAAAUCAGAAUCUAAAACAUCUUUAGAUGUCACAAAAGGAUUGUUUGAUGUUAGAGAUCAGUCAAAAAAUUCAAAUUUAAUUGUUUGGUUCAACGAUUUUGAAAAAGACGAAAAAUAUGAACAUUGGCCAUCUAAAAUAUUUGAGAUCCUUAGACCUGUUUAUCCUGGACAAAUGAGAUUUCUAAAGAAAAAUUUAUUCACAACUUUAUUUGUACUUGAUUUAUCUUCAGUGGAGAGUCUUAAAAUAUUAACAGAACAAAUUAAAUCAUAUAUUGACAAUGAU